CCACCGAGCCGCAGACCCACACACUCGCCCCGAGCUCGGGCAGUAUAAAUAUCGGCACAGGCAGCUUCCAGCAGCACGUUUCUCCUGGAUUCCAUUCCAAGACCUCUCAGCUCAGGACAGAAUGGCUCCCAGCACCGUUUUCUUGGAGCCCGACAACCUGCUGACACCAAAGGAGAAAAACAAACUGAGGAAGCCGGUGGUGGAGAAAAUGCGCCGGGACCGGAUUAACAGCAGCAUCGAGCAGCUGAAACUGCUCCUGGAGAAGGAGUUCCAGAGGCACCAGCCCAAUUCCAAGCUGGAAAAAGCCGACAUCCUGGAGAUGACUGUCAGCUACCUGAAACAGCAGAGCCAGCUGCAGAUGAAGACUGCAGGAUCCUUCCAUAAAAGCUCCCAGUUUGACUACAGAGAGGGCUACUCCAGGUGUUUGCAAGAAGCUUUCUAUUUUCUCUCUCUCCACAAAGUCCGAACUGAAACACAGACCAAACUUUUAAGCCACUUCCAGAAGAGCCACUCAGCUGCUCCAGAGGUGUCCUUCUCCCCUGGGAACGCCGGUGCCCUGAAACAAGUGUCUCCAAAGGACAGCAGCCCUCUCUGGAGGCCCUGGUAAUCAGGGGAGUCCUCACUGCACGGACCCGUGACAGUCCAGAGGAGGGAUCUGACUGCAUCUGAUAGUCCAGCUCUGAUCCUCUCUCCUGUAGGGAAUUUUAUUUCCCCCCGUGUUUUAUUUAUGUAUGAGAGAAUGCCAUGCUUUUGACUUUUUUGGGAUGCUCUGGCAAAAGUUGAGGUGUUCUGUUUAGCGUUGAAGCUGUGUAGGCACUGGUGCAGUGCUGCCCGGGCAGGGGCAACGUCUUCAGAAUGAAGGAGGGUGUUUGUAAAUAUUACAAUUUUGAUGGACAGGAAUUGUUGUAGGAGAUUUUCUCUAAUAUUCCCAGUAAGAGCCAUCAGCUUUGCUCUGGCUUGACUGACAACUCUGGUUGGCUCAGUCAAUCUGGAGGAUAAAUUUAUUCCUUUUGGUUUAUGCACACUUGGUCAAAAUAUUACGCUCUGUUUGCUUAUCAGUUGUGCAAGAUCAAAAAUAGGUUUGGUUUUGGUUUGGAUUUCUCCCCCAUGGCCCUUUCAUAGUCCUGUAUAUACAGUGUGAGGGAUGACCAGGAGUUAGGAAACUAUGUGGAAUAUUUCUACUAAUUGAUGCUUUUUUCAAUUUAGAAAAAGAGUAUGUUAUUGCUUUAUGUUAAAGAAAAGUAGUAUGUAACAGGCUUGAUUUGUCAAUGUUAUACAUUUUGGGUGUAAGCUAUGCUUUUUUAGCAUUUUCAUUAUAAUAAUGAUUUUUAUCUGUUAUUGAGUGGUUGAAUUCCUGGUGGAUGGUGUUUCUCCCAGUGCUGGGACUGCCCUAUGGCUCACCUGCAUACUGUGUAUGCGUCUGUGUGUGUGUAGAGAGCAAUAAAAUGCAUUUGUGUGCAA